GGAUUCAAUCAAGUACGUUUGAAAAGUGAAUAAAUUUUCUUGAAUUGGAUAAAAAUAGGAAAUGGGAAUGGACAUUAUUCUCAUAUUUACAGUUUCCCACAAGCCCAAUUUCGUUGUCAACUACCCUUCAUUUCAUCGAUGCUGACAAAGCACCUAUAGCCACUCAAGAUUUUCAAAUAUAUAAAUAUUGAAUCACAGAGUUUGUUUUUGAGAUGACAGCCGCCAUGGACAGCUGCUCCACGUUGUUUUGUUGGAUGGUGUUCCUGGGGAUGGCCUUGAGCCGAUCGGCGGCGGCGGCGGCGCGCGGCGGAGAUGGGUCGGAGCUCCACUCACUGACCCGGAACUUAUUGGGGUCGGCGAGGGAAGGGGAGUUCAUGGAGUGGAUAAAGGGAGUUAGGAGGAGAAUCCAUGAGUAUCCGGAGCUGGGAUUUGAGGAGUACAGAACGAGUCAACUCGUGAGGUCUGAGCUCGACUCGCUCGGAAUCAGUUACCAGUGGCCUGUGGCAGAGACUGGAGUGGUGGCUUCCAUUAAAGGGGCGGCUUCGCUUUCUUCUUCCAGACCUGUUUUUGCUCUCAGAGCUGACAUGGAUGCCCUUCCUUUGCAGGAAUUGGUAGAAUGGGAAUUCAAAAGCAAGGUAGAAGGUAAAAUGCAUGCCUGUGGCCAUGAUUCACAUGUUGCUAUGCUAUUAGGAGCAGCAAGGUUACUACAGAGUAAAAGAGACAAACUUAAGGGAACUGUGAAGCUAGUUUUCCAGCCUGGAGAAGAGUGUAAUGGAGCUUAUAAAAUGCUAAAAGAUGAAGCUCUUGAUGGUAUAGAUGGAAUCUUUGCAUUGCAUGUUCUGCCCUCCUUACCAACCGGUGUCAUAGCCUCUAGGCCCGGUCCGGUAUGUGCUGGAGCUGGACACUUUUCAGCCUUGAUCCGAGGAAAGGGUGGACAUGCUGCAAUCCCACAUAUGACGAAGGACCCAGUUCUGGCAACAGCUUUCAUAAUUCAGGCUCUUCAACAAAUUGUAUCCCGUGAGACAGAUCCUCUUGAGGCAGGAGUGGUGACAAUUGCAUUUGUGGAGGGAGGGCAGGCAGAAAACAUAGUUCCCGAGACCGUGAAAGUCGGGGGAACUUUUAGGAGCUUGUCUCCUGAGGGUUUCUCUUACCUUAAGGAAAGGAUCAGAGAGGUCAUCAAUACACAAGCAGCAGUGCACCAUUGUCAUGCUGCAGUGAAGUUUAUGGAGGAUACACCAGUAAUGGUUAACAAUGUAGCAUUAUUUGAACAUGCAAAUAUGGUAGGAAAUAGCUUACUUGGAGAGUCCAAUGUGCAACUCCUUCCAUGGACCAUGGGAGCUGAAGAUUUUGGUUUCUUCUCCCAGAGGAUUGCAGCUACCAUAUUUGGGAUUGGGGUAAGGAAUGAUACUCUGAGAUCAAACCGGCCAUUGCACUCACCACACUUUGUCCUUGAUGAGGAAGCCCUUCCCAUAGGAGCAGCACUUCAUGCUGCUGUGGCCAUGUCAUACUUGGAACAUAAUUCAGUUUUCAGUGAUUAACUUCAAUUUCGGUUCUGUAAGAAAAAUAAUAUUUGAGGAACAAAGCAUGCCAAAAGUAAGAUGCACAUAUUUCACAAAUUAAUAAAUAGAAUUGCACUUCAUUACUACCCCUGAAAA